CAACAAGCCAAUCCCGUCCUUGGUGCAUUCUUUUGUAUCGAGACAUAUACUCCUACAGCCCCUACCACCAUUCUCCUCACCUCUCUCGCCAUGCAAUAUAUCUUAUCACAAAUGUUCGCAGGAACCUUCAUUAUCUUCACCACCGAUGCUGCACCAGCCCCUACCUUGACCUUGUCCUACAAUUCGCCUCUUUCAACGGUACAACGCAUCGCGACCUCAACUCGUGAACUGAAUCCCACGUACAGCGGCAAGCCGCUACUCCAUCGCCAAUAUUCGCCAAUCUCUCCGUACAGCUACCAGACAUACCAAGCAUCUUCAUCCCCCUCGUUGAACACAGGGAAAUGAUGCACCGAACGCUGCCACCCACGGUUAUUACCACUAACCAAAUACCAGCACCAGCCGGAGCGACAAGCGGUAGCAGCAGCCACUCAAAUCGUCAUCACGGUGUCCUUUACUCCCCGAUUACGGAUCAAGUCAUGGAAAGCUGCUGGACUGAACGAUCGCCGUCUUUGCCAGAUACAUUCGCCCUCGAGAUCGGCAUUAUUCGCUUGUUUGCGAGGCCGUCCUUUAAAGACGAAAUUGAUGUGGUGACAGGCUGU